AUGGUCGCCGGAGCGUGCUCGACGAAGACGACGACGGGCGCCGAGCCAGCCCCCCGCGCCGACCCAGUGAAGCGCAUCAACCAAGCCAUCGAGGCUCUGGACUGGGAUGACGUGCAGGCUGCCCUCGACAUGAUCGAUAACGACGGCUUUGAGGUCUGCUCUGCGACCGAGGCCGACUGGGACAGCUACGUCGAGUCGGAAGACCAAGCGAUGAAGUCGCGCUACUUUGAGUUUCGAAACAAUUCGAUUUACCUCAUCGAGAUGAGCGGUGGUCUUCACGGUGACAUUGCGGAUGGCAUCGACGACGCGAUCAAGGAGGCCACGAGACCGGAGGCCACGGGGACGGACCAUCGAGUCCUCGAGGGGCACCGCGACGCGUACGUCGACACGACCCACGAACCAGCGGCAAGCAAGCUGCCCAAGCUUGUGCCCGACUGCAGCUUCGGUCCCGCGAUGGAGACUAACGCCAUCUUUCCCGAGUGGCCCAACGACCUUCGCUGGAACGAGUUCCAUACGCUCAAGGUCGAGGUCGGCGUCUCCCAAGGUUGGCGAAGUAUGGACGCCAAGGUGCUGCGAUACUGCGCCUUUCCGGGCAUUCGUUACGUGCUCUGCGUCUUUGUCUCGCCUGACAUGGAAGUGCGCCAGUACAAGCUUGUCUCGAUCACCAACAACGAGCUUGAAGGACCAGAUCCAGCCCUCGUCGAGCCGAUUCCAAUCACAGUCGACACGCGCGUGCGAAUGGAUGGGCGCCGACUCCUGGCGCUGCCGGACGACACGGCCCUUCCUGGGCGCUUUCCCGCCGAGGUGGCUUUCGAUUUGAACCCGAUCCUACGACGCGCGUGGAUCGGGCGUCGGAGCCGUCACAACCGCAACCCGCCUCCGUUCUAGUAAAACUAGCUUCGCUUCUCUUGUUCUCUAACAAGUCUGGCCACAGCAGUGUUGCAUUCGCC